AUGGCAUCGGCACAAUUACCUCUGCUCGGAUUCACAGCAGCAUAUAGCGGUUUCGUUCUAUCAUCCGCCCGAAUAUUUGUUUUAGCUCCCUCGCUUCUUUUUCUAGUCUACGUCAUCGUCAACGAGAUCGUACGGCUUCGAUCUCGGGUUCCUCGUCUGGCGGGCCCAUGGGGGUAUCCCCUGGUCGGAAGCCUCCCCUCGAUCGAGGGCAAAGCCAACUCGGAAGAGUAUCGGAAAUGGGCCGCCAAGUACGGCGACGUGUUCCAGCUCCAGCUCGGAAACACCACGGCCGUGGUCGUCAACAGCGCCGCCGCCGCCCGUGCCCUGUUCAUCGCGCAGCGCGAGGCAACCAACGGGCGGCCCAUCUUCUACGUGCUGCACAAGAAGGUCCAGCGCGGUGGUCCGGUCACGAGCAUCGGAACGAGCCCGUGGGACGAGAGUUGCAAGCGACGGCGAAAGGUUGCCGCCACGGCGUUGAACAAGACGAGCGUCCAGAGUUAUUUGCCUAUCUUGAAUCUGGAGUCUCGGGCCUUCUUGCGAGACAUCUUGGCCACGUGCCAAAACGGAACAGUUGCCGUCAAUGUUUUGGAUCCAGCACGGAAGUUUUCCCUUAAUCUGAGUCUCACACUCAGUUAUGGCACCAGAGUCGAAAACGUCAAGGAUCUGCACGAAGACCUCUUGCUCUCGGAAAUCAUCUACAUCGAAGAGCAAAUCGCGGCAUUCCGAGAUGUCUCGUCGAACCUCUCCAACUACAUCCCCGUCCUGCGCCCGCUCCACGCCGUCGCGGCUUUCCUGGGAUUCCGGUCGGGCACGCACAUGGCCGACGUCGGGAACAGACGGCAGGCGUAUCACGCGGCACUGCAAGGGAACCUCCGCCGGGAGAUCGCCCGCGGCGCCGACCGCCCCUGCAUCCAGGGCAACGUUCUCAAGGACCCGGAGAGCAAAGGGCUCAGCGACGGCGAGCUCCUCAGCGUCAGCCUCAGCAUGAUGGCCGGGGCCGAUACCACGAAGAGGUCCAUCAUGUGGGCGAUGCUGCUCCUUGCCCAUCGCCAGGAUGUCCAAGACAAGGCGUACCGCGCGAUCGCCGAGUUUGAAGGCGGGCGUUUGCUGGAGAGUCCGGACGUGGCCCACACCAAUAUUGAGUAUCUCGAGGCCUUGACGAAGGAAGUCGGUAGAUAUUUUGUAGUCUUGCGGCUUGCGCUCCCGAAGUCCACCCAUUCGCAUGUCGACUGGCAAGAGUCGACGAUCCCUCCCCAGACGCUGAUGUUCUUGAACUCCUGGGCUUGCUCAAGAGACCCGGCCGUCUUUUCAGACCCCGAUUCCUUCACGCCCGAGCGGUGGUUAGACGACGACCAGACCGCGAACCGGCACCAAUACGCCUUCGGUAUCGGCGGCCGCAUGUGCGUGGCGAGCCACGUUGCCUCAAAGGCCCUCUACACGGUGCUUCUGCAUCUGGUUGCCCACUUCAGGAUUCUCCCGGCAGAGGGUUCUUCCGAUGAAGAGAUUGAUCCUGUCGCUGGGCUUGCGGUCCCGGGGAACCACCAAGCCGCGCCAAGAGCCAGGCAUGUAAGGAUCAUUCCGAGGAACCAAGGAUUCACCGGAGGCAUGCUGUCAGUAUCGACAUGA